AGCUCAUUUCAAUUUAUAGGCUUAUCGCUGUAUUUUACUUAACCUCGAACUCAGAAAUUUCGCGCCGGUUUAGUUGAAGUUUGGCGCUCUUGCGCACAGUAAAGUAGAUCAUCACUUUUACUCUAUCUGUCUCAAGUAUGACUUCAUUUUAAAUAAAAAUGGCGACCAUGUUACAUCGUGGUGUGAAUUUUGCGGAAAGUUUAGUACGAAAAAAUGGAAUUAAGAUUUUAUCCGUAGCACCAUGGCAAAACACCCAAACACGAAAGCUCAAUGUCUUGGAGCAUAUAUCCUUCAGCAUUUUGCAGGAAGGUGGCAUACCGACACCUCCAUUUGGCGUGGCAAAAUCAUCAGCUGAAGCAGCUAAAAUAGCUACGGAUUUGAAAACAAAUGACAUUGUACUCAAAGCACAAGUUUUGGCUGGUGGUAGAGGGAAAGGCCAAUUCAAAUCGGGCUUGAAAGGCGGCGUUCGAAUGGUUACAACGCCAGAGCAAGCAGAAAAAAUAUCUUCAAAAAUGAUCAACCAAAUAUUAGUAACUAAGCAAACAGGUGAAAAGGGUCGGAUAUGUAAUUCGUCAUGGUCACAGAAAGAAAGUUUCCCCGAGAAUAAUACUUUUUGGCCGUUAUGAUGGAGCGAGCUUUUUCUG